AUGAACGAACUUACGACUCACAUAAUGGAAGUGAUAUUUGCCCGUAUGCUCUAUACAAAAGCCAAAAUGGAUGAGUCAAGUGGUGCGGGGCCAAAAGGCACAAUCGGAGUCCCGGGUUCAUCCGUUCCGUCCGGGUCCAUUGCAAAUGGACUGACAGUGCUCCAAAACCAAAUCUUAUCUAUCGUUCGAACUUUUGUAGGCGAGCGGGGAAUCCCGGUAUCACAAUUGUGUGAAAAACUGCGUGGUAUCCCCGAGCGCCAAAUCAGGUGA